AUGGAGGUCAAAUCAACAGUUGUUAAGCAGCACUCUCAGCACUUGUCGUCGGAUAGGACUUGGGUAGACCUUUUUCCAUCCAAAAUACGUCCUUACCUCUAUCUGGCACGAGUUCACAACCCUGCCGGAACGCUCUUGCUGUUCUAUCCAUGCGCAUGGUCGGUCACCAUGGCUUGCUACGCACACGGCGCGCCCGUCUCGACGAUGUGGACAUAUGUUGGGUUGUUCCUUGCUGCCGCCCAAGUGUUCCACUCCGCUGGCUGCGUGAUCAAUGACAUGUGGGACAAAGACGUUGAUGCUGCCGUUCCGCGAACAAGCACGCGGCCCUUGGCUUCGGGUGAUGUCUCAAUGUUCGGGGCAUUCGUCUUUCUUAUCCCACAGCUGGCUCUUGGCGUCUGGCUCUUGAUGCAGCUGAAUGAAUACAGCUUGCGACUUGGACUUUCGUCCCUGGGCCUGGUGGUGUUGUAUCCUGCCAUGAAGCGUGUGACCAAUUGGCCGCAGGCGGUGCUUGGCUUGUGUUUCAACUGGGGAGCACUACUCGGCGCGGCUUCGGUUGUUGGUGCAGUUGACUGGCAUGUGUACGUGCCUCUGUACCUCGGCGCUGCCAACUGGACGAUUGUGUACGACACUUCUUACGCUCGUCAAGACAGAGAUGAGGACGCCAAAUAUGGUGUGCGCUCGACCACGAUCAUCUUUGGAGAUCAAAUCCGCCCUAUUCUCGCCAUAUUCUCCGCCAUUGUUUGUUCUCUGGUGUCGUACGCCGGGUACUGCAACGGGCACGGCUGGCCAUUCUUCUGUGGUGUUGCCAUGGGCGCACUUCACCUCGCCCGACUCCUCGCCAGGACAGACUUUGAAAACAAGGAGAGCUGCGAUGCUACCCUCCUCAGCAAUGCUUGGUUCGGCUUUUGGGUUUGGGCUGGAGCUUUCGCCGACCUUCUUCUCACAACCCAGUAA